UACAUGACAGGCAGAAAGAGAAGCCAAAGGAAAGAAGAUAUCCAAGUCGAGGUCCCAGUCUGGUCCGACUGCUGCAUUUCAUCGGCAUUUUUCAAUUUCACACGCAUCUCUUCACGUAAAAUUCUUCUUUCUGUUACUUUAACUCUGAAUAUUCGCAGAACAAAUUUAAAAAUUCUACUAAAGUCACCGUUUUUUUUAGAGCAAUUUCUUGUUUUCCCGUGGAGCAUAUGAAGUAGUAAAUUGUUUUUUUGGGUCAUCGCCUCUCUCUGUCGACGGAAUAGUAGAUGUUCCCUGCUUAAAUCAAAAUCCCAUUUAGUGGAAGUUUUUGAAUGUUGAAAUGGAUCAGCAAUUGAGAUGGAAACGGAUGGUGGUGAUCUUCAUGUUGUCAAAUGCUGUGUUCUGUUACAAUUCAAGUUUCUGUUGGGCUCUCAAUACUGAAGGUAUAGCGUUGUUGAAGUUUAAAGAAAGAGUGAGUAAAGAUCCAUUUAAUGCUCUGUUGAGUUGGGAUUUCAGUGUUGGAGGUUCAAAUUCAUGCUCAUGGUUCGGCGUCAAAUGCUCCAAAGGCAAAGUUGUCACUUUGAAUUUGAGGGAUCUUUGUCUCGAAGGAAAAUUGGAACCUGAACUGAGACGGCUUACUCAUUUGAAGUCCAUAAUCUUACGGAAUAAUGCUUUUUGGGGAACUAUUCCUGAAGAAAUUGGAGAACUGGAGGAGCUGGAAGUCUUAGACUUGGGAAACAAUAACUUUAGCGGUCCAAUUCCCUCAAAUUUUCACAAAAAGUUGUUCAUCUUACUAGAUAAUAACAAGUAUUUAAAUAGCAUACCUCCUGAAAAUCAUCCAACUACUAAUGCUUUAAGGACAAGUCGUCGUGGGCAAUCAAAUGUUCAGAAAACCUUGCAAUCUGGACUCUUAGGUCAGCGGAAGCUGCUGCAAGUGACCACUUCUCAAAAUCCGAUGAAAGCUGAGAAUGAUUGGCUUAAUAAGGAGGGUUCUAUAUCGUCUUCACCAUCUUCAUCCCCUGUGUCAUCAUUUCCGUCGCCGUCACCUGCAGUCUUGUUUCCUACAACUCCGCCAUCCUUUAUAUCAGUUCCCCCAUCAACAUUUAUAUCACCUUCUUCAGUCUCUGAGUCUCCUUCGCCAUCAGAGUUUCUGAUUCCCUCAGUGUCAACAGAGCUUUCACCAAGGGCAUCUGCGGCACCUCCCAUAUAUCCACCUAUCAAAGUCGGACCACAGAGGGUGUCUCCUGCUCCUCUGUCUACCCAUGCUUCAGCUCCUAGGCUAACUGUCAAGAAUACAUCUAAACAAAAGCGUCAUCUGAUAAUUAUAUUGCCCGGAAUAAUUGGAAGUUCUUUAUUCAUAUUUGUAUUAGUCCUUGGUUUCUUUUAUUUCCGCAGAAUUAAGGUUGUUGCUGUUAAACCUUGGGUAACAGGGUUAAGUGGGCAGCUGCAGAAAGCGUUUGUAGCAGGUGUGCCAAAGCUACACCGAUCAGAACUUGAGACAGCUUGCGAAGAUUUCAGCAAUAUAAUUGGGUCACUGUCCAAUGGCACUGUUUACAAAGGGACCCUUUCAAGUGCUGUUGAGAUCGCAGUGACAUCUACUACUGUGAUGUCAGCUAAGGACUGGUCGAAGAAUUUAGAAACCCAGUUCAGAAAUAAGAUAGACACACUGUCAAAACUGAAUCACAGAAACUUUGUUAACCUUAUUGGAUAUUGUGAAGAAGUGGAGCCUUUUACAAGAAUGAUGGUAUUUGAAUAUGCUCCAAAUGGGACGUUGUUUGAACAUCUACACAUUAAAGAAUCGGAGCACUUGGACUGGGCAACACGGCUGCGCAUAGCCAUGGGCAUAGGAUAUUGCCUUGAGUACAUGCACCAUCUCUCACCGCCUAUGACACUUAAAAAUCUGCAAUCCUCGUCCGUAUAUCUAACAGAAGACUAUGCAGCCAAAAUUUCGGACUUCGGCUUCUGGAAUGAAGUAACAGCAACAAAAAUGGGACCAGGAAACACCCAGCUCUUGGAGACUCCCUUGGUCGACCCAGAGAGCAAUGUUUACAGCUUCGGGCUAAUACUGUUUGAAAUAAUCACUGGUAGACUUCCAUAUUCAGUGGGUAAUGGUCUUGUUGUGGACUGGAUAUUGGACCACUCGAGGCAAGAGAGGCCACUGAGAGAAGUGGUGGAUCCAACUCUAAAAUCUUUCAAAGAACAAGAGCUAGAAAAAUUGCUUCUGGUUGCAAAAGAAUGUGUUCUUCCCGAACCUACACAGAGACCAACGAUGAGAGAUGUUACAUCUAAGUUGAAAGAUAUCACGGGAUUGGCACAUGAUGAAGUUAUACCUAAAUUAUCUCCUCUUUGGUGGGCUGAACUUGAGAUCUCAUCACUUGAAUCAACCUAAGAGGUGACGUACAAAAGUGGGAUACUUUGAUUUGUUUUAUCAAUAUUUUUUUUUUCGACGUUUCUUGACUCUUUAACAAUGUUACUAUUUAAUCCGUUGUGUAAAUUGGUCACAUCUGAUUUUAGGUUGAGGAGAAAUAAUGGCAUUCUACAUUUUUUUUUUCUUUUUUAUCAUUGUACCUAUGAUUUUCGCCACUAAGAUAGGCUUGUGCAAUCAAUGUGUCGUUCAUCU